UAAAACCCCUUAUGAGCUAUGGACAUGCAAAAAUCCUAGCAUUAGGCACUUGCACAUUUGAGGUUGUCCAGCUGAGGCAAGGCCUUAUAAGCCGCAUGAAGGAAAGUUGGACUCAAAAACUGUAAGUUGCUAAUUUGUUGGUUAUCCUCAGUACCCUCGAGGCUACAAAUUUUACAAUCCCACCUCACGAUCAUUCUUUGAAACAGAAAAUGCAAGAUUCCUUGAGGAUAUUGAGUUUUGGGGGGAAGGAAACAUAAGAAAUGUUGUCUUUGAGGAAGUACAAGUCAAUGAUAGUGAUCACGUUAUCAUACCUAUCACUAGUCCUGACAUAGUUAUGGAACAAGGCAACAAUGAAAUUCCUCCUCCUAUACCACCUGUGGAACAAAAUCAACAUCCUCAAGAAGUGCCACUUAGGAGAUCCACUAGGGAAAGAAGAAGUGUGAUUCCGGAUGAUUAUGUCAUCUUUCUUCAAGAACAUGAGGAUGACAUAGGCUUGAUGGAGGAUGAUCCUAUCAACCUCGCUCAAGCCAUGCGUAGUUCUAACUCUGAAAAGUGGAAUGAUGUCAUGAAAGAAGAGAUGAAGUCUAUGUAGGCCAAUGGCGUUUGGGAUAUCGUUGAAUUGCUUGAAGGAGUAGUUCCUAUUGGUAAUAAAUGAAUAUUUAAAACCAAAAGGGACUCUAAGGGCAAUAUUGAGUUAUUUUUUACCAGUCAACACUAUAUGGUAGGGGUGGAAGUUUGGGUUGCGGGUUGUGGAUAAUCCACAAACCGCACCAACCCGUACCUAUUGUGGGUAACCAUACCCACAAGUUCUGGGUAGUGGGUUGGGUGUGGCUAGUAAAAUAACGAUUUUUGUGGUUAGUGGUUAACCCACAAAAUCCACAAUAACCACACUAAUUAUAUUUAUUUAGUGAAUUAACUUUAUAAUAUAAUAGUAUGUGAAAAGUGUGAGGAUAAAAAUUAAAGUAGCCACCAAAUAAAAAAGACACACCUUUCGAUAAAGUGGAGAAUAAUCAAUUUAUUAAAAGUAA